GUGACGUGCCAAGAUUGACCAAUGACCGGUUGAGGUGUUAGGCUGGGGGCGCCAUGUAUAUUCAAAUGCAAGCCUGGGUCAUGCGCGCGAGCUGUCCUUCAAAAACCCAUCCUCUUGGCAUGGAGUGGGUACGACAAGGAGCCAAUGACAAGAGAUCUUCGAAGUUAUCCCAUGCAAGGGUUUAACACGUAAAGGUGGAGGCGAAUUGCACCUAGAUGGAAAGCCGCAUUGCAAAGUGCCCCAUGAGCCUCGUGCAUUUCUUUUCUUCUCCCCCUCAAACAGCGACUCCUUCAAAAAACGGGACUGCGAUAGCGCAAAACUGUCUCAGCCAACAGCCUAAAACACCAUCAAGGCUUUUCUCUCUCUGCUGCCAUGGAUCCAAAAAUACCGACAUCCAUCGUACGACUUUUCCAGACGAACUGUGUUCCCUCUCCAAUGGAUACGCAGCGUAUUAGCCGCCUCCUCGCAGAACAGAAGCUUGAACUUGAGCUCAUUAAGAAGGAACUAGAUCGCGCUCGUGCAGAGGUUUUGCGCCUCGAGGCUAAACAUCUUGGAACUAUGGAAGUGGUCCAAAAAUUGGAAGCGCUAAGGUCCCCCGUCCGCCGCAUGCCGAUAGAGAUCAUGACAAAAGUCUUCGAACAAUGCGUUCAGGACGAAGAAAGCCAGGAGCCUGAUCCUCUUCGGGCUCCCUUGUUAUUGUGUCAAGUUUGCGGCGCUUGGAGAGACCUCAUGUUCUCCCUACCUUGUUUGUGGAGGAGACUCAAGGUUGGGUUUCCAUCCGCAACGCCAAAUUGGGAGAACGUCAUGCAGUCGAGAAUCAUGUCCAUGCACGUGUGGAUAUCGCGCGCGAAAGCUCUUCCAAUUUCCUUAAUCCUCCAGCAUCCAAGCAGCUCUCCGAUCACACCGGGUGCUCUUAUGUCACUUGACAAGGAGAUUUUGACUCUCGGAUGCCGCAUUGAAGAGCUUUCUCUCAGAUUCUCUCCAUUGGCACUCAGCUCCUUGUUGACAUUCACCCAAAGUUCACUCCCACACCUACGGCGCCUUGAGCUUCAUAACAGCAACCCCCUUCCUAGUAGUAGCGACAACCCACCUCCAUUGUUUCUUCAUGAUGCACCCAACCUCCGCAGCCUCUCGAUUGCGUGGGGUAGUCUCGACACCGCCCAGUUCUGCGUCCCUUGGAGCAAACUGACACAGUUGUCUCUUCAGUAUGACGCCAGCCCCUACUGGAAUCCCGUCCACAACGACUACCUCAAUGUACUUCGUGAAUGUCCUAAUCUCAAAUGCUGCUCUAUCGGAAUAGGAAUGACAAUACUCGACGCUGAUACAGAGGCGAUUGUACCUGUCACACUUCCAAACCUCGAAUCAAUGAAAGUACGCCUCUUCUGCCAAACGCUCUACACUCGCCAGUUCUUCGAUGCGCUCCAUGCACCAAAACUACACACAUUUGAAUUUCAGAACGUCAGUCUUUCUAUGGGUUCGUUCGCCAGCCAGACGGAACCCCUUCCCUUUAUCUCCCGAAGUGCAGAGACUCUCGAGAACCUAUCCUUUGACACAAUCAACAUUCCAGAUAUCGACAUGCUCUCGUGCCUCUCCCAGCUUCAUCACUUGAAACACCUACGUUUCCUACCUGGCCCUCUUCAACUCAAUCACAACCUCGUGGACAGCCUCAUUUUAUCCGGAGCGCCUCAAGGCACCUCCAUCUGUCCUCGACUCCAAUCAUUGAGUCUCAAAUGCUCAAAGCGUGUUUCCACGGACGGGGUGACAGAGCUUGUAAGGUCGAGGUGCAGUGCUAGUCCGAAGCUGGGAGGAUUUUGUCUGCAAAUCGCAGCAUUUGACUAUGGGCAGGAUUCACGAGACAAAACAAUUAUUGAGCUGAGGGAACGUCUGAAUCAGUAUGUGGAGGGUGGAUUGCAGCUACACCUGAUGAAGGCAAAGCCGACGGGUUGAUGUGAUGUUGACCCUCAGCUAUUCAUUGCGCGCACUACACCCUUUUAGUAGCGUGUCUUGUCUUCUUCCAUUCUCACUCACAAUUACUGACACAUCUACAUAUCCCGUAUCCCUGAUGAUUAUUUCUUGCCU